CAUGCAAACCACAUCUCAGCCCUCCUUUGGAAGGAGCAGAAGAGCUGAGGACAGGAGCAAGAGGAGUUCUGCAGGGAUUCAGUGACCUUCGCUGAUGUAGCUGUGGACUUCACCCAGGAAGAGUGGACUGUACUGGACCCCUUUCAGAGAAAGCUUACAGAGAUGUGAUGCUGGAGAACUACAGGAACCUGACCACAGCAGGCAAGAAUCCACAAUGGAUGGGAACUCUAUGACUGUGAGCAACAUAGGAAAGACUUCAGUGAACACUGGAGAACUCAAAAUGGAGGCAACACUUAACGAGCAUAAUGAGUAUGGAAAAAGCUUCCUUACUCCACAGAAGAAAACCUCUACUGUUGAGAAGUAUUCUGUGUUUAAUCAGUGUGGAAAAGCCAUCAUCCUGACUCCAGAUAUUGUGGACAGGAAAACCAGCAUUGGAGAGAAAGCCUUGGAAUGUAGUGAUGAAAUCACCUUGUCCUAUCGAUGUCAGGCAUGUAGGAAAGCCCUCAGUAGUCCUUAUUCACUUGACAUGAAAAGAGCACACUGGAGAGAUGGUCUUCAAGCAUGAGGAAUGUGGGAAAGUCAUCCAUUUCACAACCCAGCCUGUUAGGGCUCACAGUGAAGCCAUACUACUGUGAAACAUGAUACAGCCUGCCAGGUGCAUUCUGCCAAGAAGAUGGAAAUCCGUGUGGACUACACACAUAAGAAGGAGAAAAAUGAACAAACUUGGCUCUGAAGACUUCUGAACAGAGGUAGAGAAUGGGUGGAAAGACCUGGUGGACACUCUCUGGAUGCAUCUCCCAACUUGGUUCAGCUGAUCACAGGAGUGAUCUCUAGGUCACAGCUGGACCUGGAGGACCUGCGGCCCCAGCACACGCGAGCAGAGCGGGCCAGGCCGCCCCCAGGAGGCCCCUGAAGCCUCCUCGGACAAACUCGUCCUUGGACACCCUCAUCCAGCCCAGGACCCUCUCGUUCACGCGGGCCUCACCAAGCCGGGAUGGGACUGACCCCCACGAAAGUGGAAUCUCUCUGGGAGACGCAGACUCGGUGCUGGAAAGACAGACUGAACCGCUUGUGUCACUUCCAUUCCCUGCCUCGGAGAGGAGGGGCAGGGCUUCGGGCAUCAGCCAGGCAUGUGGGAUCUUAGUUCCCCAACCAAGGAUCGAACCCCUGCCCACUGCAUUGGAAGCAAAGAAUCUUAACCACUGGACCACCAGGUAUGAUGAACUUGGAAGUUUCUUUCUUUGUGUUACAACGAUGCUUUUGGUCUCAGUCUUUAUUACAUACCUAACAUUUGCAUGUGUUCAGCACCUACUAUGUUCCAGGCACCAUCAGACGCACCAUCCACAUGGGAGCAGGAAACCACACGGGAGUAUCACAGUUCCUCCUCCUGGGCCUCUCGGACGAUCCUGAGCUGCAGCCCCUCCUCUUUGGACUGUUCCUGUCCAUGUACCUGGUCACUGUGCUGGGGAAUCUGCUCAUCAUCCUGGCCGUCAGCUCGGACUCCCACCUCCACACCCCCAUGUACUUCUUCCUCGCCAACCUCUCCUUUGUUGACAUCUGUUUCGUCUCCACCACCAUCCCAAGGAUGCUGGUGAACAUCCAGACACAGAGCAAAGGCAUCUCCUACAUAGGGUGCCUCACUCAGGUGUAUUUUUUUAUCAUUUUUGCUGUAAUGGAUAGUUUUCUCCUGACUGUGAUGGCCUAUGACCGGUUUGUGGCCAUCUGCCAUCCCCUGCACUACACGGUCAUCAUAAACCCCCGCUUCUGUGGCCUCCUGGUUCUGAUGUGUUGGUUCAUCACUUUCUGGGUUGCCCUGCUUCAUAUUCUACUGCUGAGGCGGCUGACCUUCUGUACUGGCACUGAAAUUCCACAUUUCUUCUGUGAACUGGCUCAGAUUCUCAAGGUGGCCUGCUCUGACACCCUCAUCAAUAACAUCUUCUUGUUUGUGGCCACUGCCCUGCUGGGUGUGUUUCCCCUCACUGGAAUCCUCUUCUCUUACUCUCGAAUUGUCUCCUCUUUAAUGAGAAUCUCCUCUGCAGCGGGAAAAUAUAAAGCAUUUUCCACCUGUGGGUCUCACCUCUCUGUGGUUUCCUUGUUCUAUGGGACAGGCGUGGGAAUCUCUCUCACUUCUGCUGUGACCCAUUCUCCCCAGAGAAGCUCCAUCGCCUCAGUCAUGUACACCGUGCUCACCCCCAUGCUAAACCCCUUCAUCUACAGCCUGAGGAACAAGGAUGUGAAGGGGGCCCUGGGAAGGCUCCUCAGCCGAGGUGCCCCUUGUCUGCGAUGGUCCACAGACCUCAGAACUAAGUGGACAUUGUGAGGCUCAAAGACAAAUGUUGUGAAUUUAAAUGUCUUGAGUCUUUUUUGACCCUAAAAGACAUGCUUCAUUUCUUCUGUUCUCAAAGCACCUAUGACUUUUAUUUGUUUUUGUAUUAGUUUCUCCUCAACACCCUCCUCAGUAAUUCAUUUUUAACUUUUGCUUCCUAUUUGCAGACCAUACAUUUCUAUCUUGGGCCAGCUUUCUUAUAGGCAUUCUUGCAAUUUCCAACAUUACAUCUGAAGCACUUAUAUUAAAUGUGGCAUGAUUUCCCACCACAGUUAUCCUCUCAAAUAUCGAUAUUCUUCACCUAAUUUGCUUGUGUGUGUGUUUUUCUCUGGAAGCAAUGGAAUGAAAAUCAUGCAGUAGUCAUAACCAAACUGCUUCACAUACCAAGACUGUUCUUAUUGUUUUAUGUGUAUAUUUUAUGUAAUCUUGACAACAUUUUUAAAGGUAUUUCUCUCAUUUACCCCAUUUUUCAAAGAGACUGAGAUUGGGAUGGACUCUGACCUGGAAACCUGACAUUGAGCCCACAUUCCCAACUUUGCUGUCAUGCUUUUCCUGAAAAGAGUGAUGUGAUUUUCAACUUCAACAGUGGGAACUUAGGUUUGAAAGCUAGUUUGUUCAGGAGAUUCAUAGUAAUAUAUUGCAUCGGGUAACUGAGAUAUUGCUUCAUUCUUUGCCUUCCUUCCUCCUUCCUUCUUUCCCUUCCUCUUUCCUUUGUUUUAUUGGACAUUUAUUUCCCAUCAUCACUGCAGUUUUAAGAUAUACCCCAAGAUCCUAAAACAUCUAAUAAUGAAUACAAUAGAAUAAAACUUCUUGCUCACAUGGAUUAUUCUGGGGGCAGGGCACUCUUUGGAGGUGCCAGCAGGAGUGGUAGUCACACACCUGUGGAGUGUUUUCAGAACUUAGUCCACUUUUUGAGAAUAUUGAUACAAUUGAGUCUGCAGUGAAGGAUGGAAUGGUUGAAGCUGUCAGCACUUCCCCUACAUUCCCUGGGAUCCCUUCACCAUCCCCACCAGCCUGACUGCCACUGUCAGCACCAGGUGGAACCUACUUUUCCCAACGCGUGACGGCAGACCUGACGGAGAAUUAUGCCCCACAAGGGACAGUUAUUGAUGGACAGGUGUGGGGUGUACCAUCUUCUUCACCCCUUAGCUGGAAUAAUUCUGAAGUUUGGAUUUUGUGCCAUUUUCCCUAACUUCCCUACAGGAUGAAAACUCUGCUCACUCCUGUGGGAGCUGACUUAAGCUUUAUUGGAUGUAUUUUCUGCCCUGUAUCUCUUCCCUUUUCUCUAACCCAUGUUCCAUGGUCCUUGUUCCUUCAAAUAAACAGCUUGCAUGUGAA